UAAGAUGUUCUGUGUUGAUUUGUAAAUGUCAAACAUCCAAAUAAUAUUCUAGAAUAUAAAAUACACACGACUAAAUGCGAAACCUUGAAACUAAAAAAGAGUUCUGCCGUUGAUUUUUCAGGUUCAGUUCGAGAUAAACGAUGCAAAUAAAAGUGCGAUUUUUGAUUUUAUCCGACAACGAGGCAGGAAAACAAUUACUCUGUCCGUGACCCAGUAACAAUGAGGGCUGUGCACAGGCGUUCCCAUCUUAAAUAGCAUCAUAUCCCAAGGUACAAGCAGAAAACCAAAGCUUAGGAACUGACUAGAUACAAGAGAACAUCUGAGCUUUGUCAUCUAGUAGGUCAGUUUCUUUGUUGCAGUGGGAGAUGGACGCAGCACAGAACAAGAUGAAAAGAUUAUUCAAACAAAAGAUGUGGGUGAGAGUACGGUUACACUAUAAAAGGGAACAGCUGAGCACUGGCCCCACCAGUUGGAGAUAAUCAGAAGAUUGUUGAGUUUGGACUUGACAGGUGAUGAGUGAAAGUAUGGGUUCACUGCAGCUGUCUGUUGUGCUGUUGCUUUUGACUUUCUCAGUAUCAGAGGCGGCGAGGAUCAUCGGGGGUCAAGAGGUCAAACAAUACUCCAUCAAAUAUCAGGCAUCGCUGCAGACUGAGUGGAGGAGUCACUACUGUGGAGCGACCCUGGUGCACCCUCAGUGGGUGGUGACUGCUGCCCACUGCUGGAGACCGGCUCAUCUGAUGAGGGUGGUGUUGAGUGAACACAACCUGUACAUACAGGAAGGAUCAGAACAGGUCUUCGGGGUCGAACAGUUAUUCUACCAAAACUAUAACAGCAUAACCUUCGACAACGACAUCAUGCUCCUGAAGCUGAACCGGCCCGCACAGCUGAACAGCUACGUCCAACCAGCUGAACUGCCAGAUAACACAACCAAUCCCACUGUGUGCACGGUGAGCGGCUGGGGCGUGACUCAGUUGUACAGGCCUGUGCUCUCCCCCGUGCUGCGUGCUGUGGAUGUAUCAGUGUACAAAUACUGCUGGUAUUACUACUACUGGAGGAGGGUCACCCCAAACAUGCUGUGUGCUGGAAAUAGGAUGGGUGGCAAAGAUUCCUGCCAGGGCGACUCCGGUGGUCCCCUCAUGUGUGAUGGCAAAUUCGUGGGCAUUGUCUCCUGGGGAAUCAGCUGCGCAAAUCCAUACUACCCCGGGGUUUACACCAAAGUGAGCAACUACGUCCAGUGGAUCCAAGACACAAUCCAAGAAAACACACCAUGAACACAUGAUCCUGAAUAAACAGAUCGAGAUUCAUUGAGUGGGAAAACAAGCUAACAAGCUGAGGCAUGAAUUAUUAUUAUCAAUGGCAUUUUUUUAGUAUUAUUAUUAUUAUUAACUUUCUUUGUGUUCUUUGAAAUGUAAAUUUUACAGUUUUAGUUUAUUAGCAAUUGAUAGUUCUUGGGUUAUUGUUUGUAGAGCUAAGGUUUCAGUUGUUUAUUCAUAUGUGGUUUCCUGGAACAUGUUAAUAUGCUUGUAAUUCAUUGAUAAUUGAUUAAAUGCUGUGAAACGAAAUACAAAAAUAAGUUUAUUGGAACGUGUAAUAAAUGUAUGAAGCUGUGAAUUUUCCGCUUUUGCAAAUAUCUCACAAUAAAAACCUUUUAAAAA